GUUGGUAGUGCCAAGAUGUUCCAAGCGGAUCGCCGAGAGUUGGCCUGCCUGCCAUCAGCCAAGCUGGAGCAGGACCAUCAGGAGCAGCAGAAGGACCUGCACAGGAGUAUAGUUGUAGUCCCUGAAACGGAUCCCGAGCGCCAGGACUUGCAGUUCCCGGAUAUCUGGCUGCGCGACAACUGCCGCUGCCCGGAGUGUUAUCUACCACAGACCCUGAGUCGCCUGCCCCAGCUGUGGAACAACCUGGACACCAGCGUGCAUGUCCUGCGCCAGAGUGUGGAUCUGCAGCAGCAGGUCCUGUACAUAGAUUGGUCGGAUGGCCAUGCUUCCCAGUAUCCUUAUGACUGGCUAAGAGAGCGGGACUUCUCGGCAGCGAAUCGCAAGCGGUAUCUAAGGGAAUCCUAUCGCCCCGAGCAGCAGUUGUGGAGCGGCCAGGACUUUGAGGCGAUCCGGCGUACCUUUUACUUCCAGGAACUGGUUACAAGCGACUUGGCUUUGCGGCAAUGGCUCCACCAUUUGGCUGUCUACGGGGUGGCUCUUGUACGGGAGGCCCCACUGGAGAUGGACGUCCUGCGGAGACUGGCCAACCGAGUGGGUUUUAUGCGACGCACCACCUACGGCGAGGAGUUUAGCGUGCGGGCCCAACCGGGAGCCAGCAACUAUGCCUACCUAGCCGCACCUCUGCCCCUGCACACGGAUAUGCCUUACUUUGAAUACCUGCCCGGAGUGACCAUGCUGCACACCUUGGAGCAAUCCGCCUCACCUGGCGGAGUCAACCUACUAGCCGAUGCCUUCUACGUGGCCAAGAUCAUGAGAGAUCGAUAUCCGGAACAGUUUCGGGUGCUCUGCCAGACGCCUGUAGAUUGGGCGGACAAAGGACAUGAUGGAGACCUGCACUUCCACAAUAUCUGGCGGGCACCGGUCAUCAACUUGGAUUCUGAAGGACGCUUUGUUCGGAUUAACCACAGCAUUCCUCAGCGCGACAGCCACUUUAGCGUGCCGCUGGAGCAGGUGCGACCUUGGUACGAGGCCAUGGCUACCUUUGUGCGCCUGGCCCAUGAGCACUCGUGCCGUUUCAAGACCACGCCCGGUGACGUGCUCACCUUCGACAACCUGCGCCUGGUUCAUGGACGCACCGGAUAUGAUGACACGGACCAAAAUGUGCGCCACAUCCUGGGCGCCUUCAUCGAUUGGGAUAUUGUCUACUCGCGGCUGAGAGUCUUGCAGGGUGUUGGAACCUCUCCCGAUACCGCUUAGGUGACGCAUUUGUAUUUCCACGUAUUAAUUAAGAACAUUAACCCCUGGCUGC